CCCGCCACCGCCCAGCAGGUCCAGAACCAGCAGAACCUCAUCCUGCAGCCCGACAAGCAUCGCAGCAAACGGCAGGCCAUCUCCGCCGAACCCAACGCCUGCGACAUCAGCGAGCUGAGCCAUGUGACGCUGCCCUUCUACCCCAAGAGCCCGCAGUCUAAGGAGAUGAUAAAGGACGCCAUCCUGGACAACGACUUCAUGAAGAACCUGGAGCUGUCUCAGAUCCAGGAGGUGGUGGACUGCAUGUACCCAGUGGACUUCGGUCCGAACGCCUGCAUCAUCAGGGAGGGAGACGUGGGGUCGCUGGUCUACGUCAUGGAGGAGGGUAAGGUGGAGGUGACUAAGGAGGGAAUGAAGCUGUGCACCAUGGGGCCGGGGAGAGUGUUCGGAGAGCUGGCCAUCCUCUACAACUGCACCCGCACGGCCACCGUCACCGCUCUGGUGGAGGUGAAGCUGUGGGCGAUCGACCGGCAGUGUUUCCAGACCAUCAUGAUGCGGACGGGUCUGAUCAAACAUGCCGAGUACAUGGACUUCCUCAAGAGCGUUCCCUCGUUCCAGGGCCUGGCUGAGGAGACUCUCAGUAAACUGGCCGACGUCAUGGAGGAGACUCACUAUGAAGAUGGGGAGUUCAUCAUCCGGCAGGGAGCGAGAGGAGACACCUUCUUCAUCAUCAGCAAGGGGAAGGUAAACGUGACCCAGGAGGAUCCAGCCAAUCAGGAGACAGCUCACCUGAGAGAGCUCGGCCGUGGAGACUGGUUCGGAGAGAGAGCGCUGCAGGGGGAGGACGUGAGGACGGCUAACGUCAUCGCGUCUGACACCGUCACCUGCCUGGUCAUCGACCGAGACUCCUUCAAGCACCUGAUUGGUGGACUGGAUGAUGUUUCCAACAAGGGCUACGAGGACGCCGAGCUCAAAGCAAAGUACGAGGCGGAGAAUGCCUUCUUCUCCAGCCUGAAGCUGACCGACUUCAACAUCAUCGACACGCUGGGGGUCGGAGGCUUCGGUCGCGUUGAGCUGGUGCAGCUGAAGAGCGACGAGGCAAAGACUUUUGCGAUGAAGAUCCUGAAGAAGCGUCACAUCGUGGACACGAGGCAGCAGGAACACAUCCGCUCCGAGAAACACAUCAUGACCGAGGCGCACUGCGACUUCAUCGUCAGGCUCUACCGGACGUUUAAAGACAGUAAAUAUCUGUACAUGCUGAUGGAGGCGUGUCUGGGAGGAGAGGUGUGGACGAUCCUCAGAGACAGAGGUUCGUUUGAAGACUCGACCACCAGGUUCUACACGGGCUGCGUGGUGGAGGCAUUCGCUUACCUGCACGCUAAAGGGAUCAUUUACCGAGACCUGAAACCUGAAAACCUGAUCCUGGACAGCCGGGGCUACGCCAAGAUAGUGGACUUUGGUUUCGCCAAGAAGAUCGGGUUCUGUAAGAAGACCUGGACGUUCUGCGGGACGCCGGAGUAUGUGGCCCCGGAGAUCAUCCUCAACAAGGGCCACGACGUCUCCGCGGAUUACUGGUCUCUGGGCAUCCUGAUGUACGAGCUGCUCACUGGCAGUCCGCCUUUCUCCGCUCCAGACCCAAUGAAGACCUACAACGUCAUCCUGAGGGGCAUCGACAUGAUCGAGUUCCCCAAGAAGAUCACCAAGAACGCCGCCCACCUCAUCAAGAAGCUCUGCAGGGAUAACCCCUCGGAGCGACUGGGAAACCUGAAGAACGGCGUCAAAGACAUCCAGAAACACAAGUGGUUUGAAGGUUUUAACUGGGAGGGUCUCAAGAAAGGAACGCUGACCCCGCCCAUCACACCCGAUGUUUCCUCUCCGACCGACACCAGUAACUUCGACAGUUUCCCUGAAGACACAGACGAGCCUCCACCGGACGACAUCUCCGGAUGGGAUUACGACUUUUAGUCCAGCUUUGAUCCGCCCAGAACCUGUCAUCUGCCAGUGAGGUCCAAACCUGAGGGAAAGACGACUUCUCACAGGAACGUCAUGCACCUUAGCCUGAGUUGUUUUUAAAGUGUUGCUGGACUCUGUGGGAGGGAGACCCUGAAGGUUUUCAAGCCACAAAGUGAUACCAGCACCGAGACGAGCAGUAGAGGGAAACGGACUACAGGCCUACAGGCUGAUCUGGUCCUAUGUGGUCCCUUUAACAGAAGGAACCUGAGCUACCAGAACACCUGAGAGCUGGAAGAUUAAGGUAGUUCCAGAACGAACCACCUGUCCAAACUGACCCGAGUGACUUUGACACCUGGAGAAAGUCACAGAUUUCAGAGAGCUGGAAGAAAGACGUUGUGUAAUGCUUAAGGUCUCUUUGAACGCAGAACAGCCCUGAUUCCUUGUUUGGCUGCAGCUGAGCUUUGGGUAUGUUUGUCCAUCAGCAGUCGGUCGCACAGUUCAGGCUUGCUUUAUGUCCUGUGUAUUGCUUCAAGACUUUCUGUCCAACAUAUUGCUGCAAGAAAACCGAUUAUGAUGUCUUUAAGAGCAGGAGAUAAGCCCUAAAGGUCCCGUGGUACCACAUACGCGAUCUUUGUUUCGGCAAAGAGUAAAAUUCCUUCUUCAGGUUUUCAGACAGCUGUCAGAACUGUUUGCUUGAAGGACGUUUGUCCAAUGCCUAGAUGUGAGUCAUACUAAUCUGAACCCAGAACAAUCCUGAGUCCUGGUUUGGCUGCAGCUGCAAGAAGAUUCUUCAUCAGUUCCCUAAGAGCAGGACAUUGGCCCUAAAAGUAAAAAAGUGCAAGUCAUCCAUCAGGUUUUAGAGACCUACGUGAACAUUAUCGUCAAAGACCUUGCUUUCUGUCCUAUAUAAUGCUGCAACUCUUAAAGGUUCAUCAGUUAAUGACUACUGCCAGAAACCGGCAGCAAAGCCCUGACACUGAAGCGGGUAAAUCUAAAGGAAUCUUGUCACAAAGUGCUUUCCAGAAACACCCACGGCUGGAUCAUGAUGUCAAGGUGCACAGUCUCCAACAAAUUCAACCAAAUGGACAAACUGCUAACCGGGGGGAAGGGUAUACCAAUGUAGAGGUUACUGGUUGGUUUCAGGAACAUCCAUGUGGGUUAAUCCAAAGGAGGUUUAAUAGUGCUUUGACCCAAAAGUAAGGCGUUGGUCUAAUUCUCUAAAAGCUAAGACAAGCUGCCGUUCAACAUAUGAAACACAACCUCCUGAUCACAGCAGAGACAAGUUGGCGGUGUUUCUCUGCAGUCAUUGGCGAGCCUCUAUCAAGUGUCCUUUCUGGCGUUUGUGUUGUGAUACCCGGAGGCGAUCAUGGAAGUCCGUUGGGGCUUUUUCUGACUCUUUGAACCCAGGUUUGGCUCUCUGGGAUCGGGCUGCAGGAAAGACUGAAACUCUGAGGAGGUCACCCUGAUGCCUUCGCUUCUCCUUUGAUAUCGGGAGCUCUAAAUCCAAAGAAGGUGUAGCAGCAGCAGCAGCGGGGCGGAGGAGACUCGAACAUUUCUCACUUUUAAACUUUCCUUUUCUCCUUCCUUAUGGUGUGGAUCAUAGCAUGAGAAAACUCCGAUUUUGUACAUAUUUCCAAAUGUUCCUACGUACUUUUGCACACAUCUAGAUCUCACAGCCACAUGCACGACACAUUGUGAAGUGUUUCCAUCUGAGGACUGUUUCUAUUCCCCGUCCGAUGAUCGAGAUAUACCACCGACAUGUGCUCAGCAACUCAACGUCAUGUAUUUAUGAGGAUAACUGCAAAUAAUAAUGAAGACUAAGACAGUUAGUUGUUAAAGUAGCGAUGAAUAAACUUCAGAAAAGUUCAAAGAUCAGAAAUGAUACAUUUUUCUGAUUUCACAUAUUAUGUUCUCCAAACAUACACAGAAAUCUUAUUUACAACAUAUUGAUUCGUUUUCAUUCUCCAAUGAAGUCCACGUGGAUGUACAUAUGCCGUGUUCAGAUUUCAUGCUUACAGUAACUCCGCUUGGACUUGAAGUAGACGUGCAGUCUUGUAUUUCUUCCCGAGUUAAACCAUAUCAACAGACACUGGUGAUUAUAUUUUGUAUUCACAUUCUGUGGCCUUUCGUAUAAAAGCAGCUGAAUCCGUCUCGUGAUAUUUUUGUAACUUCCGUGAGCUCUGCAUGAACACUUUGGAGCGUUUCAGUUACAAGACGCAGGCAGGUUUUAAAGAGGCCCUAUUCUGCCUUGUUUACUUCCAGAACCUAGUGACAUCACUACGGAACACUCUCGCAGCCAGAUAACCAAUCAGAGCAGACUGGGCUCUGGUUUUAGGCAGAAAGACAAAUAAAGAGCUUUCUGAACAUUAAAGCGUGGAGACACACGAAAGAGAGAGAGAGUUUUCAACAUUAUAUAAAAUGAUAUUCAGAGAAAAUAAACAGAAUUAUAGAAUUUACUUUUUUUAAGCAAAUCUUAGACUUUGAUGUAAAAAAACUAUAGUUUUUUGUAUGGUUUUGAAAGUACUCUCUAAUUCUCUGAGUUUAGAUUAAUAAUAUGAACUCACUGCCAGCUUUAUUUUAUAUUCAGCUGAAAGAAUAUUUUAGAGAUACGAUGUUCAUGAAGAUUAGUGGUGAUAUUUUGUGGAUAUGAGAAGAAGUUUGUGUAUAAACUGGAAAUGUAGUAUUUUAUGACGUGUCGGCUGUUUGGAGAUUAUUGUUAUUAUAUGUAUUAUUAUUGUGAGUGGCUGUCAUGGUAACUGGAGGGUGCUUUCUUUAAUAUGACUGUUAAUGAUCAUCUUUUUGCAGAAGCAGUUUGUUCUGUUGAAAAAUAAAAGCAGUCAAAUCAAA